AUGGAAAGAGCAUUGUCACUAGCUUUUGAGGAAGACGAAGAGGAUGAGUAUGUUCAUCGCCCAAGGCGCCCGAGAUGGAUACGUGAGAGAGAAGAACACUUCGACACUCUUGAUGAUCAAGACUUCGUAACAGGAUUCCGUCUCACGAAGUCAACAGUCCUUUCUGUACUGGAGUCUAUUGAGGAUAAAUUAGAGUUUGCGUCCAAUAUGAAUAACAGUAUAUCUCCGAUCAACCAAUUGUUAUGUGCUCUGCGUUUAUACACAACUGGGUGCUACCAAAUGACUGCUGCAGAUUUAUGUGGAUUCAGCACUUCUACUGCGCAUAGAAUUGUGCACAGAGUCAGUGCAGCUAUUGCAUCACUCCGGCCACGUCUACUUUCCAGAACUACCAGA